GCCGCUCGGCGGCAUGUGGGAUCCUCCCGGACCGGGACACGAACCCGUGUCCCCUGCAUCGGCAGGCGGAUUCUCAACCACUGCGCCACCAGGGAAGCCCAAGUAUUUUUAAAUUAUGGUAUGUACAUUGUUUUUUUAGACAUAAUUCUAUUGCACACUUAAUAGACCAUAGUAUAGUGUAAACAUAACUUCUGUAUGCAUUGGGAAACCAAAAAAAUUGUGUGAUUCGCUUCAUUGAGAUAUCAAUAUUUGCUUUAUUGCGGUGGUCUGGAACUGAACCCAAAAUAUCUCUGAGGUGUUCCUGUAUAUGUUGAGUUGAGCCACGUGAAAUUGCCAAUAUUCAGUGGUUUUCUUACUUAAAAAAAUGGAAUCUAAUACAAAUGUGAGCAUGGAGGGAAAUAUUAAAAAAUACAGAGCCAAAUUUGUACACCCAUGUUCAAGCAGUAUUAUUCUCAAUAGCCAAAGGGUGGAAACAAUCCAAGUGUCUAUCAGUGGGUGAAUGGAUAAACGAUGUGGUAUAUACACACAAUGGAAUAUUAUUCAGCCUUAAAAAGGAAGGAAAUCCUGUCACAUGCUUCAACCUGAGUGAACCUUUAUGCUAGGUGAAAUAUGCCAGUCACAAAAAGACAAAGGCUGCAUGAUUCCACUUACAUGAGGUACCCACAGUCGUCAAAUUCACACUCAGAAAGUACAGUGGUGGCUACCAGGGGGUGAGCAGGGUACUUAGUCUUUCAUAGGUACAGAGUUUCAGUUGGGGAAGAUGAAAAAGUUCUGGAGAUGGAUGGUGGUGACGGUUGCACAGCAAUAUAAGUGUACUUAAUACCACUGAGCUGCAUACUUAAAAAUGGCUAAGAUGGUAAACUUUAUGUUAAUUAAAAAUAAUUUUUUAAAAGAUCCAAAAAUAUGUACCGUCAGGUAGACAUAUACACACUGAGGGAUAAACACAGGAACUCAGAAACACAGAGACAUGACUCCACCCUCCCAGGAGUGCUUCUCUGACCCAGAUAUGGCCCCUGUUCUCCUCCUAAACAAAUCCAGAGAUAAGGCCCUGCCACCUCGGCUACCCGCAUGGCUUGUUACCCUCCCACAGUCUGGCUCUGCUUACUCCUCCCCCUGCCCCCACGCAGCCUCCCCACGCCCAGGGAAGGGCCUCCUUGGUGUACCCGGGGCUCUGAUCUCUGCCCCUGCCCCUCCUGGGCCCCUCUAGGAUCCUCAGAGACAAAGCCCCAUUCGUCUUUAGUCCCAGGGCCCAGCUUGACGCAGGGAGCCCCUAAAUCCCCUCGCCAGCACCCGCCCCGCUGUGCGUGCAUUGCGCCCCAAGUGAAGCUUUGUGGACAUAGAGGAACCUGUGUCUCAUCUGGACAUGGUCACAGGUCAGUUAAAGCAAGUGCAGCCAGUACUAAACGGGGUCGUUGAGACACGGCAUUAGGUCUCCUACUGUCCUGGCCACCCUCAUGGGACCUCGUCCCUCCACAGAAAGGUGGGGCUGGCACCGUUGUGACCACUUCUGCCCGGCCUGCCUCCCCAGCUAGCUGCCAUCUGCUGAGCCUCCUUCUCCAGCGCAAAGCCUCACCCUGCUCCUGAGGACUCCGGGACUAAAGCCCUUGAUGGGGGCAGAGAACAGAAACUUGCCUGCUGUUUGCCUCUGGACAAUGCAGUGUGUCCCACAAUCCUCUCAACCAACUUUCUCACUAACCAUUGAAUACUCAGCCACCGAGGAGGGGAGAAAGGCUGGGGUCUGGCGCCACCAGGUCAAGAGCUUCCCCAGAGUUGAGGGUGGUGGAAACGCAGACAUCGGGAACAGAAUUUUUCAGGGGCGGGACAGCAUUUUUCACUGGGACUCUGGAAGGGCAGGGUUUGGAGGAAACUUGCUGGGAGCCUGGUGGGGAUGCAGCAGGGGACGCUGGGGUAGCGGAGGGAGAGUGUGCUGAGUAAGGACCUGCCCCUUCCCCGGGUGGCGGGAGGGCGAGUCCCAACAGCAGGCGGACAGGUGAGGCUGACCCAACAGGUUCCCGAGGCCGGGGGCAACGGGGUAAAGCGUGGCUCUGACAAAGGGGCAGGCUGGCGGGAAGCAGUUUCUGCUGGUAUCUUCUUCCUGCUGCGGCCAGCCCCGGGGUGCAGGCCAUGGAGCCUGCUGGAGGGUGAGGGUGGCCGGUGGGCAGGCGUGUUCGGAGGCCCUGGGAGCUCAGGGCAUGGCGGGGCCCCUGCGGUGCCGGGUGGAGGAGCUGAGGCGGCAGCGGUGGCGGGAGAGCUCACUGCGGGUGCUCCAGCACAGCGAGGCAGCCCGGCUGGCGGCCGAUGCCCUCCUGGAGCGGGGUGAGGCUGCCUCCCUGCGGGUCCUCUCCGAGGAGCGGGAGCUGCCCUUCCUGAGCCCUCUGGAUGUGGACUACAUGACCAGCCACGCGCGCGGGGGCUCUGAGCUAGGCGAGGCCCUGGGGCCAGGGGCUGCCGGGCCUGACCCCCUCAGCCUGCUCUCCGAAGUCACCUCCGGCACUUACUUCCCCCUGGCCUCCGACAUAGACCCCCCGGACCUGGACUUGGGCUGGCCCGAGGUGCCACAGGCCACAGGCUUCAGGCCCACGCGGGCUGUGAUCCGCUUCCAGAGGGACAAAGCCAAGAGCAUCAAGGACCUUCUGCAUUUCCUCUUCAGCCAGGCCCGCACGGUGGUGACUGUGGUGAUGGACAUCUUCACCGACAUGGAGUUUCUGUGUGACCUCAUGGAGGCCUCGGGCUGGCAUGGUGUCCCCGUCUACCUGCUUCUGGCCGAGGAACACCUGAGGCACUUUCCGGAGAUGGACCUCAAUGGAGGGCACCUAUGGAACAUGCGUGUGCGGAGCACGUGUGGGGACACAUACUGCAGCAAGGCAGGCUGCCGCGUCACGGGGCAGGCCCUGGAGAAGUUCGCCAUCAUUGACGGUGAGCAGGUGGUGGCGGGCAGCUACAGCUUCACCUGGCUUUGCAGCCAGGCCCACACGAGCAUGGUGCUGCAGCUGAGGGGCCGCAUCGUGGAAGACUUUGACCGGGAGUUCCGCUGUCUUUAUGCCGAGUCCCGGCCCGUGGAGGGCUUCUGCGGAGGUGAAGAUCCCCUGUCUCCCAGGGCACUGCCCUCCCCCAGUUGCCCUGGCCUUCGGGCCCGGCAUCCCCAGCACCACAUCCUCGUCGCGCUCCAGCACCAGCCUCAGCAGCAUCAAGUGCUCACCUCGCAUGGGUCAUUCCUCCUACCCCGCUCUGCCAAGAGGCGGCCACUGCAGUGACACGGGCUUUACUUCAAGGUAUAACUCCAUCUGGGACUUCCCUGACGCUCCAGUGGUUAAGACUUCCCGCUUCCAAUGCAGGGGCGCGGGUUCGA